GAAAGAUCGAUCGAUCAAGUUCACGAUGAGCUCCAACACAAAGGAUGGUAUCACCAUACGCAUAAUGACCGAAGAGGACUACUUUAAAAGUGUAAAAGCAUUCAUGAACAAGGACUUCUUCCGGUCAGAGCCCCUGUGCCAAGCCAGCGGAGAAUCCGUCCAACAGCAAAACGAGGAGGAGAAUGAUGAGUACCACCUGUCAAUGAUCGCUCAGGGCACGUGUUUGGUGGCCCUUGACGAGAACAACGGGGGACGAUUGGUGGGAAUCGUCCUGGCUGGAGCCCAGUUCCCCGAGGAUAUUGAAAAGCACCGCAUUGAGGCCGAGGUCAUGGAGGACCACACAUGGGGUCGCAUUGCCAGGAUGCUCUCUAAAAUUGAACAGGAGGCCAACUUAUUUGAGCGCUUUGGAGUCUCGAAAGUGCUCUACUCGCACAUUACCAGUGUCGAUACCUCGAUGCGGGGCAAGGGACUGGGUUCCCGACUCGCCGCCACUUUGAUGGAGGUGGGCCGAUCCAAGGGAUUCCCAGCGAUGGUGGCCUAUUGCACCAGCUUCUUUUCGGCCCGCCAGAAGGAGGCUCUGGGGAUGCAGUGCAUCCACUCCCUCGCUUACGCUGACUACAAGGACGCCCAGGGACGCCCGAUCUUCACACCCGCUGCGCCACACACAACGGCCCGAGUAAUGGCCAUUAAACUAUGAGUUGGUCAAGUUUAUUUAAUUUAUAAGUGACCGAAAAACCUGAAAAAAUAUAAAUAAGUACCUGUUAUGUAAACUAGUGUUGAUUCGAAAGUGUCUAUCUUUCUUAUCAGCGUGUAUACCCAUGAACUUAUGUUUUAAUAAACUUAUCUAAACUACCAUAA